AUGAGAUUCGCUCUCGAUCUGGACAUCCUCGCCCUUUUUGGCGCUUCCUUCGUCGCCAUCCUUUCCUCCCCUCUUCCCCUCCCCGUUUUCGCACCGAGGAUCCCCGCAUCCGCAGAGCUGGACCAUGGAGCAGCUUUAAAUGACGAUAGCACUCUUCCUGACUCUGUAUUGGUGAUCUCAACAUCUCUAUUCCUACUCCCGACUUUCCCUUUAACGCCCCCGUCCUCCCUUCACAUGUAG